AUGGCCUAUCAAGGGUCGGGUGCGCAUGAGCACUCGGGCUACGAAGAGGGUACUCGUCUUCAGGAUGUGCCUGCUGCAGAGUACCAGGAGCGCGAGGAUGAAGAUGCAUCAAGAGGUCUACUUUCUCAUCAACAAGGUCCUUUUUCGACACCCUUUGAUGAUCCCCAUUCACGCGGUCACUCGCCCAUUCGCCCCACAUCGGGCUACAGCUUGACGGAAACUUAUGCUUCAGAUGCCGCUCCAGCUUAUCAUGAUCCCUACACUGUGGGUGCUCAAGAGAACGCCGCGGCCACUUUCGGUGUCCCCAGUCGUGUUGCCUCACCAUACGCCCGCAGUGAAACCUCAUCUACUGAGGCCUGGCGCCAGCGACAAGCACCCGGUGGUGGAAAUGGUGGAGGGAACCUACGCCGUUAUGCCACUCGUAAGGUGAAGCUGGUUCAGGGUUCAGUCCUGAGUGUCGAUUACCCAGUUCCCAGUGCUAUCCAAAAUGCGAUUCAAGCCAAGUAUCGCAACGAUCUUGAGGGAGGCAGCGAGGAGUUUACACAUAUGCGAUACACUGCUGCGACUUGCGAUCCAAAUGAAUUUACUCUGCACAACGGUUACAAUCUGCGUCCCGCCAUGUACAAUCGUCAUACCGAACUCCUCAUUGCAAUCACCUACUACAAUGAGGACAAGACGCUGACCGCUCGUACCUUGCACGGUGUGAUGCAGAAUAUUCGUGAUAUUGUCAACCUCAAGAAGUCCGAGUUCUGGAACAAAGGUGGACCUGCCUGGCAGAAGAUCGUGGUUUGCCUCGUCUUCGACGGUAUCGACCCCUGCGAUAAGGAUGUUUUGGAUGUUCUGGCAACCGUUGGUAUCUACCAGGAUGGUAUCAUGAAACGUGAUGUUGACGGAAAGGAGACUGUGGCGCACGUUUUCGAAUACACAACCCAGCUAUCAGUUACGCCCAGUCAGCAGCUUAUUCGACCUACUGAUGAUACUCCUAGCACCCUGCCUCCCGUUCAGAUGAUGUUCUGUCUUAAGCAGAAGAACAGCAAGAAGAUCAAUUCGCACCGUUGGCUAUUCAACGCCUUUGGCCGUAUUCUCAACCCAGAGAUCUGUAUCCUCCUAGACGCUGGAACCAAACCCGGCCCAAAAUCAUUGCUCGCUCUUUGGGAAGCCUUUUACAACGAUAAGGAUCUUGGCGGUGCCUGCGGUGAGAUCCAUGCUAUGUUGGGUAAGGGCUGGCGCAACUUGGUCAACCCUCUUGUGGCUGCUCAGAACUUCGAAUACAAGAUCAGUAACAUUCUAGACAAGCCUCUAGAGAGUUCUUUUGGUUAUGUCAGUGUGUUGCCUGGUGCUUUCUCGGCCUAUCGAUUCCGUGCCAUUAUGGGCCGUCCACUCGAACAAUAUUUCCACGGUGACCACACCUUGUCUAAGCAGCUUGGUAAGAAAGGUAUUGAGGGUAUGAAUAUCUUCAAGAAGAACAUGUUCUUGGCCGAGGAUCGUAUUCUCUGCUUCGAGUUGGUGGCGAAAGCUGGAUCAAAAUGGCAUCUUUCAUACGUGAAAGCUUCCAAGGGUGAGACCGAUGUGCCCGAGGGAGCCGCUGAGUUCAUCUCACAACGUCGUCGUUGGCUUAACGGAUCAUUCGCCGCCGGUAUCUAUUCUCUGAUGCAUUUUGGCCGUAUGUACAAGAGUGGCCACAAUUUGAUCCGCAUGUUCUUCCUUCACAUCCAGAUGUUGUACAACAUCUUCAACACCAUCCUCACCUGGUUUUCGCUGGCAUCAUACUGGUUGACCACCACUGUCAUUAUCGACCUGGUUGGUACUCCUAGUCCCAGCAACGGCAACACUGCUUUCCCCUUUGGUCAUACUGCGACACCCAUCAUCAACACAGUUCUCAAGUAUGUCUACCUGGGAUUCCUGUUGUUGCAAUUCAUUCUUGCGCUUGGUAAUCGACCCAAGGGAUCCAAGUUCUCAUACUUGGCCUCCUUCGUCGUCUUCGGUAUCAUCCAGCUCUACAUUGUUGUCGACUCCCUGUACCUGGUCGUCCGGGCGUUCAGUGGAGGUGCUCCCAUGGAUUUCGUAACCAACCAAGGCGUGGGUGCUUUCCUCAAGUCCUUCUUUGGCUCCUCGGGUGCUGGUAUUAUUAUCAUUGCACUGGCUGCCACUUUUGGCCUGUACUUCGUUGCUUCCUUCAUGUAUGCCGAUCCUUGGCAUAUGUUUACCUCCUUCCCACAAUAUCUGGUGCUGCAGUCUUCUUACAUCAACAUCCUCAACGUCUAUGCCUUCAGCAAUUGGCACGACGUCUCCUGGGGUACCAAGGGAUCAGACAAGGCUGAUGCACUUCCCUCUGCUAAGACGACCAAAGAUGAAAGCAGUAAAGACGCAGUCAUCGAAGAAAUUGACAAGCCUCAAGCAGAUAUCGACAGUCAGUUCGAGGCCACUGUCAAACGCGCUCUCACUCCAUUCAUCCCCCCUGUUGAGAAUGAGGAGAAAUCUCUUGAGGAUUCCUACAAGAGUUUCCGAACUCGCCUUGUGACCUUCUGGAUUUUCAGCAAUGCCUUCCUCGCAGUUUGCAUUACCAGCGAGGCAGUGGACAAGUUCGGAUUUACAAACACCGCUACCACGCGUACUGCACGUUUCUUCCAAGCUCUUCUGUGGUCCAAUGCCGCGGUGGCUUUCUUCCGUUUCAUUGGCUGCUGUUGGUUCUUGGGCCGUACCGGCAUCAAGUGCUGCUUUGCCCGCCGUUAG